CUCUCUCUCUCUCUCUCUCUCCCGGACUCUAGGCGUGUAGGAAAGCUCCGGGACAUGUCGAGCGGCUCUUCCAGCCUCUUCCUCCCCGACUCGGGCUCCCGCUGACCCGCAGGGACAUGACGCAGGAACCUUCUGGUGGACGUCUCUGAAGUUUCCAAGAGGGAGGACGACCUCACUUCAUUUCCCCGCUGACCUGGUCUGUGACCUUGCCUGAGGUGACUCAGCAGGUUGGCCUGCUGUCAGACUUUUCUGACUUUUUCUACCUGUGAGAAAAACAAACAACACCCGAGCGCCACCAUGCAGACCUCGUCGCUCCGCCGGCAGAUGAAGAACAUGGUCAACAACUACACGGAGGCUGAGAUCAAGGUCCGAGAGGCCACCUCCAACGACCACUGGGGCCCCCCCAGCGCGCUCAUGUCUGAAAUUGCAAACCUGACCUUCAACGUGGUGGCCUUCACCGAGGUCAUGGGUAUGAUCUGGAGGCGGCUAAACGACCACGGGAAAAACUGGCGCCACGUUUAUAAGGCACUGACCCUGCUGGACUACCUGAUCAAAACCGGCUCGGAGCGAGUGUCCGCCGAGUGCCGCGAGAACAUUUACACCAUCCACACCCUGAGGGACUUCCAGUACAUCGACCGGGACGGACGCGACCAGGGCAUCAACGUCCGGGAGAAGGCCAAGCAGCUGGUGGCGCUGCUGAGGGACGAGGAGAAGCUGAAGAAGGAGAGAAGCCUGGCGCUGAAGACCAAGACACGCAUAGCAGGGGGCACCAGCAGCCUAGGUUCUGGAUCCUACCCGCCUCCAUACCCGGGACACCGCAGCAGCCAGGGCGGCUCGUCGAUGGCCCAAGGGGACGAGUUCCAGAGGUGCAGGGGCUCGCCAUCGUCCUUCAACUCUUCCUCAUCCUCUCCUCAACUUGCUCCAGAAAUGGAACAAGCUCGGCCCGUGACCAGUGGAGAAGAGGAGCUGCAGCUGAAGCUGGCCCUGGCUAUGAGCCGAGAAGAAUGUGAAAAGCCCGCUCCCCCUGUGGACAUUGACGAACAGACCCAGCUCCAGAUCGCUAUGAGUCUCAGCAAGGAGGAGUCGAAGCAGCCGGUCCAAGCUGUCCCUGCCAACGUGGACAUGGAUGAGGACACCCAGCUGCAGCUGGCCCUGAGCCUGAGCAAGGAGGAGCACCAGCAGGAACAACUCAGUCGCCAAGGAGACGAGUCGAUGUUCCUGAAAGCUUUGGAGGAGAGCAAACGCCAGAUGGAGUCCAAAGGCGGGACCGCCUUCAUGGACCUAGUGGAUGUUUUCGCGGUGCCCUCAGAUCCGCCUUCUGUUGACCAUCGCUGGACCAGCGCCGCACAGCAGGCGGCCACCGCCCGGCCGCCGGGCAUGGAUCCCUGGGACUCGCCGGAAGGCCGGCCUAGCACUUCGAGAGGAGCUUCUCCGUGGAUGGUACCAUCACAGUCCAGCAGCCCCCCCCCACCAUGGGAGCCCCAGACUGACCCCUGGGACGGCACGCCAAACGUCUCCGACCUCUCCGCCAUGGGCCCUGCAUGGGCCUCCGCUGCAAACACAGCUUCCUUGAGAGUUGAUCCAUUUUCGGCCCGAUUAGAUGGAGCGGCGCUUGAAGGAGCCGCCCGGGAAGCGUUCCCCCGAGCUGGAAGCCCCUCAGAUGGGGACCUGUUUGAUGAGGCCAUGGAUGGGGGUCUGAUGAAUGUCAACGGCCGAGGGGAGAGUCCUGAGCUCUACGACCUGUCACGUCUCGGGGAAAGCCUGGGCGCCCCCAGCCCUCGCACAUGCCGGACCCCCGAGUCCUUCCUGGACCCCACAGCAGCCUCCUUGGUGAACCUGGACGCCUUGAUCCCAGUAAAUCCCCAAGCCAAGAACCCCUUUUUAUCAGGCCUGAGUGCAGCUUCAGCAAACAAUCCGUUCCAAACCGAGCAGCCCAAAGUAACUCUGAAUCAAAUGGGGCCCCCCUCUUCGGCUCCUCACAGCUCUCUUCCAUACAGUGCCUCCUUGCCUCUGCCCAUGAGCCACCAGCCGGCCAGCCUCCCUUCGUCCCUCACCCACCCCACCCGGCCCGGCCUGGACCUGCCCGGGAACCUGCCCGAGCCGCUGCUGCCCUUCUCCUCCGGCAGCGCUCCGGGGUCACAGAGCAGUCAGAACCCUUUCCUAUGAGGACCAAUUCAACUGGAGAGAAAUGUUAGGAAAAAGGGGAUUGCCGAUUAGGUUCCGCUCUCGAAAUAUCGCUCUCACCGCAGACCGAACUGUAGCCCCGAGGACGUGUGUUGUGGUAUGAUACAGUCACCCUUCGAUUUAUGCAACUGGUUCUGCCCAUCGCUACAACAGCCCUUCCUGUUUGAUCACAAAUGCUGUAACAGGGUAUAACAGAGAUAAUAACUGUGUAAGAGGAAGUAUAAGUGUGGUGUCAAACCGGUUUUAGGCCAUAAUCUAUUAUCUAUCUAAAAUGAAUCCUGAUUUCAACCUACACAAAAGCACAGUUAAACAUCUUUUUUUUGUAUCUCUGCACAUCCAUUCAAGCUAAUCUUUUACAGCUUAUAUGAUUGGCUUAGCCUGCCACUGCUGCCGUCAUGUUCUCUGGCUCCUUAGAAAAAUUGAUUUCUAAUAACAUGAAGAGAACAUUUUAAAAGACCAUGUCCAGCCCUUGAAAUGUUACUGCAUUAUUAACAGCAUCAUUAUCAACAGUAAGCGCAUCAUUAACUGUGGAACUUCUGUCAGACCAGGGUUGAUGGAAAAAGAUCAGUGUAUCAAAUUCUAAUGGUGAAAUGAAUUGUUGGGGUUAAGUGAAUGAAAUUAAUAAUGUAGAAGGACUGUAAAUAUUUCAGAGUAAACUAUAAGCGGGGCAACAUUAGAAGAUGUUGGAAUCAUGACUUUUAUUCAUUGCUUGUGAACUCAUCAAAUAAUAAGGGUAUUAUUACAACACUG